ACAUAACAAAAUAAAUGCUCAUGUUUGUAAACAGGUUUGUAAAGAUCAGUCUAAUCGUCUUAUCCGUUCAGUUGCGAGUCCUUUACCGUCGAAACUGUUCGUUACUGCCUUCAAUUGUGUUUAAAACUGAACAAUAACGAAGACAAUUUCAAAGAAAAUCGCCAUAAUUAAGCUCGACGACGAUGUUAAAACUGAUCUCAAUCAUCGCCCUUUUCGUCCACCACGUCCACAGUCAGAACCCUUCACCCUGUCCCGAAAUCUUCUCCUACGAGCCCCCUGGCCAGGAGGAAGACCGCUGGUACGGCGUCAUCUCCCUCCGAACGGACGAAGACCUCGACGGGGUGUGGCUCAAAAUCACCCUUGACCGCCCCGCCGAACUCUUAGGGAACUGGUUCGGCGAAGCUCACUCGAGUGAUAAUCAAGAAUUCACGAUAAGAAAUCCAAGAUAUAAGUUAGAGGCCGGGCCUCCGGUUUCCGUACGUUUCUUUGUAAAAUACAACGCCGCUUCGACAAUUCCUAGUCUCAAAGUCAUAAAAUUGAACGGGAAAACGAUUUGUACGAAUAGUAGGGAAGAUACCGUUUCCACCACCCCACAAUUGCACAUCAGUCAAAUCCGACCUGUGACUAGUAGACCGAGUAGACCGAAUAAUAGACCGGCGAGUAGUAAUGAAGGGGCGUUUUUAAACACGAAACCUAGUAGUUCAGGAAGCCAUGGGGGGUCCUCGCAAGAAAGACCAGACAGCUACGACAAUCACCAGACGAAUAAUUACAAUUCUCAAAGCACCACCACCAGUAACUACAACAACAACAACAACAACAGACGUCCCGGGAGCCAAUCGAACUCAAUCAGCAGUAACAAUCACCGCGAGCACGAAUCGUCGAUUAACUCAGGUAGGAAUUCCAACGGCUUAUCAGCCGCCGAGGAAACGACCCACUCUGACUUCUUCCCAGGUGACUUCGCGGUCCACCGUCCGAGUCAAGCUCGCCCCCCUUCGAAACCGUCCACAGUGAGCAAAAGGAACGUCGGAUGUGGAACAAUCGCUAUGAAAGCAAGUCCUUUAAUUUCAUACGGCCAAAACACAACUCAAGGACAGUGGCCAUGGCACGCCGCAUUGUACCACAUCCAGGGGGCACAAUUGCUGUACACAUGUGGGGGCACUCUCAUCUCCGAAAAUCACGUCUUAACAGCUGCACAUUGCGUCGCGAAGCCCCAAACCAACCGACCGAUCGAAACCAAAGACCUUUCAGUUUAUUUAGGGAAAUAUCAUUUGAAAAAAUUCGGCGAUGGAACGCAAGAUAGAGAUGUGACAGACAUUUUCAUACAUCCACACUACAAUUACAGCGUUUAUUUUAAUGAUAUUGCAGUGCUGAAGCUGAAAACGCCGGCUGAUGUCACGAAUUAUGUCCGACCUUGCUGUUUGUGGGAAGAUGGGACUGAUAUUGAAUACGUCCUCAACAAAUUAGGGACGGUAGUUGGCUGGGGCUUUGACGAAAAGCGCCAAAUCUCCGAUACUUUGAUGCAGGCCCAAAUGCCGGUCGUUUCCACCGUCAGUUGUAUUUAUUCCAAUCGCGAGUUUUUCUCACAGUUCACUUUCGAAAAGACCUAUUGUGCCGGUUUCCGUAACGAGGAUUCAGGUACAACUGUCUGCAACGGCGACUCCGGAGGUGGUAUGGUGUUCCCCAAAUCCGGGACGAGUGGUCACAAUACCGUGUGGCAGAUCCGGGGAAUUGUCUCAGUUGGAGUGGCUCUUCAAGGACAGGGAGUUUGUGAUCCACGACAUUAUAUCGUCUUUACGGACGUUGCCAAACAUCUAGACUGGAUUAAACAAGUCAUGAGGGAAUAAAAAUACCAUCUUUUUGUUGUAAUACUCAUAUUGUGAUAUAUUGUCUAAAUAAACUACUUUUUAUAA